CUGUCUCCCGCGUUGGUGGUAUCUUAGCAACAGAGAACUAGACGUCAACGAUACGUUCUGCUUGCGACUAAAACAAGAGUCAACAGUAUGGCUGCAGAAAGGACAACCAAGCUGCCUCGGGCCCAUAAAGCAUCACAGAAGCUGCCGUUAUCUGCUGAGGCUCAACGCAUCUCAAGAGUAUUAGAAAAUCAUAUCGAUCAGGUUGAGAUUGCACUGAGUCUGCCUGCUUUCCUCUCAUCUAACAUUGUGCCUAGUGAUGACAAGGAAUUUAAAAAUGCACUUCGAAAGCAUCAACUAUUAGAAGAAAGAGCACAGAAAUUAGAAGGCCUCAAGCAGGAGUCAGAUGAAGAAGUUGAAGCAAGGGCACAGUUGGGAAAGGACAUCAAGAACUCUUUUAGGGACUUGCUAAGGCUUUUCCGAGCUCAUCCAUCGGCAAUUUCUGAUCUGAGGGCAGUGGUGAGUUUGGAUGAAGAGAGGAGUGAGUACAAGCUACUCAGAGGACUUAAGACUUUUCACAGCAAUAUCGUAGACGAUUUGCUGACCAGUCCAGAAGAGGAGCUACAGCUAAACCAAAGAAUGUUUGCAUCUCCUUCCCCUACUGAUCAACUAAAGGAGUUGGAUUCAAUGGAAGAAGCAGCGUCAACAUCCAUAAAGCAAUGCGAUACAAAGAUUUUGCAGAAACAAAUGGAGAUUAACAAUUUGCAGCAUUCUCUGCAAGAGAACAGCCCACAAGUGAAUAUGCCACUUCCCACAGAAAAGCAAUCUCCACCACAUAUCAAGACAUCGAAAAAACAAGAAAAGCUGCAACAGGAAAUUGAUCAACUGACCAUUCAGCUCAAUAGUUUGAUGUCUGAAAACAGACAGGCAGAGAGAAUACUCCAAGAGGAAAAUGCAAAGGUGGAGACUGCAAUUGAACACUUGCUCCAGAAUUUUGAUAGAACAAUGGAAGAAAAGCAGGCCAUCCUGGAGCAGAAUGAAACUGAUUAUGAAAGGGAGAAGGAGGAGCUGAAGAACCUGGAGAAAUGCUCUUCUGUCCUCAAAGUGGAGUACGAACAGAUCCUGGAGAGGCGUCGGCUGGCAGAAGAGAAGAGAAUGGUGGAGAUGAGAGAGCUGGAGUUGAAGACCAAAGCUGCUAUUUUCGCCCAAGCCUGGUGGAGAGGCUACAGUGUUCGCAAGGCUUUAAAGAACAAAGACAAAAACAAGAAGGCCAUAAAAGGCAAAGGCAAAAGCAAAGGCAAAGGCAGGAAGAAAUAAAACACUGACUAGCUCUGCAAUGACACGCCAUCUACCUGUAGAGCAUGAAUGUUUUUGAAUGAUUUAUAAAUAGGAGCCUGCCCCCAGAGUCAUGCUGGACAUUUAUGAAUUGCUUUUCCAUAAAGUCUUUCAUGUUUUAAAUUAGUAUUUAGCAUUUAUGCGAACUACAGAUUGUAAAUUGCUUAAUGAGCAACAUUCAAUAUUUGGAUAAAAAAUAAACUAAUAAAUGAUGAAA